AUGGGUCGCAGACCGUCGUCGAGUUCGUCGUCCAGCAGGUUCAAGUACCUGCGACCGUCGUACUACAUCCGGCGACCCCGGCGACUAGGGCUGCUCACUCUGCUCGUCGUCGGGAUCGUCUUUGUCGUCAUGGAUCGCCAACGACAGGCGAAAGAACUCGAGGCACUGACGAUGCAACUGGAUAAUCUUGAAGGCGAGAAGAGCCACCUGAUUGUCGAGCUGGAAAAGGCUCGCCUGACUGGCAGCGUUUCUCACGGCCAGGCAGGAGGCAAAGCCGCUUCUGUUAGAAAGGACCCUCUUAUUCUAGGCGUAGGAGGAGGGGGUGGGGGUGGUGGCGGCGGCGGAGGUGGGAUAAGCGUAAAUGCAGCACGUGCCAGCAGCAAAGUGCAAGCGAGAAAGCUCCUUCCGUUAGAUAAGAUCAAUAGGGCGGGCUCUGCAGGGGGGAUGCUGAGAGGAGGAGAACAGACUGGGCAAGCGUUUACUGGGGAUGCUGUUAGAGGGGAUGGUGUUACUGGGGAUGCUCAUAGCGCGGAUGUGGAGCAGAAGGCGUUGUCAGAGUUGCAGAGACUGGGGAAGCUGGAGGACGAUGGGCUGGGAGGCGGGGAAGGUGACAGUAACGAUGGGAAGGCAGCUGACGGGCUUGAGGACGCGGAUUUGGAGGAUGAUGUGGCUGAUGAGACGGAGAGGAGGAGAGAGUCGAUCAGGCAGGGAAUGCUGCAUGCGUGGAGGGGGUACAAGAAAUACGCAUGGGGGUCUGAUGAACUCCAGCCUCGCAGCAAGACCCCAUCGAACAACUUUGGAGGCAUGGGGGCAACGAUCGUUGACUCGCUCGACACGCUCUUCCUCAUGGGACUGAAGGAUGAGUUCAAAGACGCGCAAAAGUGGGUGGCUGAGUCUCUCAAUUUCAACCGGCACUCCAGCGUCAGCGUCUUUGAAACUACCAUCCGGAUGCUGGGCGGGCUGCUAGCAGCAUACGACCUGUCGGGAGAAAAGGUCUUCUUGGACAAGGCGAGGGAGCUGGGAGAUCGGCUGCUGCCAGCGUUCAACACCCCCACUGGCAUUCCAUUUGCUUAUGUGGACUUGGCAUCAGGAGGAGGCAACGCCCCCGGCUGGACUGGGGGAUCAGCAGUCUUGGCAGAUCUGGGCACGCUCCAGUUGGAGUUUGUGACUCUAUCUCAGCGGACAGGGGACCCCAAGUAUGCAAUCAAGGCGGAGAACGUGAUCAAGCAGAUUGAGAAGAUCUUCCCAGAGGAUGGCCUGGUGCCCAUGUUCAUCAGUAUCGACAACGGGGAGCCCACCAGCAGCCACAUUACCUUUGGGUCCAUGGGCGACAGCUUUUACGAGUACCUGAUCAAGAUGUGGGUGCACGGGGGAAAGACGCCAGUUGUCAAGAAGUACAGAGACAUGUGGGAGAAGUCUAUAAAUGGAAUGUUUUCCAGAUUGGUACAGCGCACGCCAGACCAGGGGGGGCACAAGGGGUUCUCCUACGUGCCUGAGAUGGAGGGAGGGGGGCUCAUUCGCAAAAUGGAGCACCUCACAUGCUUUGUACCAGGGAUGCUUAUACUGGGUAUGCCAGAGGCGUCGCCUGCGGAUGCAGCCAAAUACCUGGACUUGGCUAAAGAGCUAACGCGAACGUGCUACGAGUUUUACAACAGCACUCCCUCCAAGCUGGCAGGGGAGGACUACUUCUUCCAUAAUGAUGGACCACAUCUUCAGGGCAGAGUAUAUAAUAUCUUGCGACCGGAGGCAGUGGAGGCGAUCUGGUACUCGUGGCGGGCCACCAAGGACCCCAUGUACCGCGAGUGGGGGUGGAGGAUCUGGCAGGCGUUUGAGAAGCACUGCCGCGUGGAAGCAGGAUAUGUCGGCCUCGAGGAUGCGGGGAGGGACCCUCCUCCGCAGGACAACAUGCAGCAGAGCUUCUUUUUAGCAGAGACGCUCAAGUACCUGUACCUGCUAUUCUCGCCGGACGAUACAUUGAAUCUGGACAAGUGGGUGAUUAACACCGAGGCGCACCCGAUCAAGAUCACUCCGCUCUCCCCUCCUCCAGCUGAUUCCGAACCUGCGCCACCAGCUGCGGCUGUUGCCGAGCCUGCGGGUCUGGUUGCCGAAGCAGAGGCCCGCCGGAGGGCUUCCGCGGCAGCUGACAGCUGUAGCGCAAGCGGAGCGGCAGAAUUUGACGACAGCGCGAGAGAAGAGUCGAUUGGCUCAGGCUGGGCGGAAGGUGGAAACUUCCCAGCAUUGGACUGCGCGGGAGAUGCGGCAGCAGCAGCACGACGGGUUCCUGUGACUGCUGGCGUGGCGGGAGAAGCCGCCGCCAAUGACGACGUCACACGUGGCAAAGGUGGUCCUUGGCCGGCAGGAGCGGUCCUGACGGCCGGCUUGACGGGAGACAAGGCGGAAACCACGUGGGAAACGGUGGAGGCGAGAGAAACGGGGGAGGGAGUCGUCGUGGAGAAGGAGGGAGAGGGAGAAGAGGGAUUGGUGGGAGAGGAGGGGGCCGAUCCGUUGCUUAGGGUUUUAAGCUCCACCAGAGCUGCUGCUGCGUCGACAGCGGUAUCCGCGCCGCAACCCGCGGCGCGAUCCGCGGCGCUGGUGACACGUGGCAGGAGCGCAGGUUCCGUAAAAGACGAUUCCAGUAUGGGUGCUUCAGCGAAGCCGUGGCCGUCUGUCGCGGCGGCAGUUGCGGCGUCGAUUAAGGCGUAG